CGCCGCCCGACCUCCGGCACCUGCAUCCUCGGCCCGGGCGGGUUCCCCCGGCCCUCGCCCCGCCCGGCUCCGCCAUGGUGUCCUGGAUCAUCUCCCGCCUGGUGGUGGACUGACUGAUGCAGAGCUGGGAGGGAGAGGCCACUGCUCUUGGCCGAGGGGACCAGUAACCCUGCCUGCCUCCCUAGGCUCAUCUUUGGCACCUUGUACCCAGCCUAUUCUUCCUACAAGGCCGUGAAGACAAAAAACGUGAAGGAAUAUGUGAAAUGGAUGAUGUACUGGAUCGUCUUUGCCUUCUUCACCACGGCUGAGACGCUCACGGAUAUUGUGCUUUCCUGGUUCCCCUUCUACUUUGAGCUCAAGAUCGCCUUUGUGAUAUGGCUGCUCUCCCCUUACACCAAGGGCUCCAGUGUGCUCUACCGCAAGUUCGUGCACCCGACACUGUCCAACAAGGAGAAGGAGAUCGACGAGUACAUCACCCAGGCCCGAGACAAGAGCUAUGAGACCAUGAUGAGGGUGGGCAAGAGGGGCCUGAACCUGGCUGCCAAUGCCGCGGUCACAGCCGCUGCCAAGGGCCAGGGGGUGCUAUCAGAGAAGCUCCGGAGCUUCAGCAUGCAGGACCUGACCCUGAUUCGGGAUGAUGAUGCGCUGCCCCUGCAGGGGCCUGACAGCCGGCUCCGAUCCAGCCCCGGCAGCCUCCUGGACACCAUCGAGGACUUAGCAGGAGAUGACCCUGCACUGAGUUUAAGAUCUAGCACAAACCAGGCAGAUCCCCGAACAGAGACCUCUGAAGAUGAUAUGGGAGACAAGGCCCCUAAGCGGGUGAAACCCGUCAAAAAAGUGCCCAAAGCUGAGCCACUGGCUUCCAAGACACUGAAGACCCGGCCCAAGAAGAAGACCUCUGGCGGGGGUGACUUGGCUUGAGGUCCUGACGCCCCACAGGCUGCAGAGCCCCUGCUCCACACUGUGCCAGUAGCCCAUGUGUCUCAGGCCCCGGGUCCCCUCCGAUGGCUGCCUGCCCAGUGACCACUCCUCUGGAGGGGCUUGGAAAAGAGGAGGGAGGCCCUGCUGUGGGGGUGGAGGGUAGUGGCUGGAGGAGUUGCUGAGGACUGAGCCACCCAAGGAGGUGGGGGCUCCAUAGAGCCAAAUUGCUAUUCUCCCUGCUCCAGUCCUGUCCCCACCCACCCAGUGCCUUGCUGAAGACCAUGGCCAUUCGCUUUUCUGAGGUCCUUACAUGCCCCCACUGCUCUCUCUGGGGUGGGGGUGGGGGGGUACUCAACAGCCCAGAAUGACCAGAGAUGGCCCCGAAGGCACCUGGGAGACCAGGAAGGAGUGGAGAAGGCUUCAGAGAACCUGGGCAAGAGCUCAGGCCUUAAUGUGUGUUUGAAGGACCAGGAUGGCCAGGCCAGAGCUGCAGUUGGGGGUAUUGGGUAGGGCUGUGUGCUAUGUGUCUCCACUAAAAAGAAGUGGGGUUCUGGGGGUGUGCCUGUGAGUGUGGGUGUGUGUGUAUUUCUGGGUCUAGGGCUGGGGGGGUUUGGGUAAAGGACUUUCCUGCCAGCAGCUGCCACCCCCCACCGCAAGCCCCUCCCUGCUGUCGGCCUUCUUUCCUACUCUCAGACUGCCCUGAGAGGAUGGGAUUCUGAGGGCCUCUUACCUCCUCCUCUGCCCUUGAUAGCCUUUCGCCUCCUCCCUUUCCUGCCCUGCCCCUGUGCUGGGCUCCUCUGCCUCAGCGCCCACUGUAGAGGCCGAUGCUGAGCCAGCUCCUUUCCUCUUCACCUGGGGGCUCAUCUUCCUUUCCCCCAGAGCCCUCUUCCUGUGCCAAGCAAACUGGGCCCCACGUGAGCAGACUCUUAGGAGCCCAGCCUUUGCCCCCACACUUUACCCCUGCUUCUGCCGUGGCUUCAGUCAGGGCCAGGAGAAGUGUGUGAAGAAAAAAAAUUUAGGAGCCACAAGGCUUCCAAUUCUGUGGAAAGAGGGUGCCCAUUGGACCUUUGGCCCUGGAUGAGCCAAUAAACCAAAUUCUGGCACCUCA